AUGUCUUACUCAGAUGUUAUUGCUGCUAGAUUCCUGGCUUUUGACCAAAUGUACAGCUUUGAGAGGCGCCUACAGACAUUUGCAGAUUGGCCCUUCCGUGAGGACUGUCAGUGCACACCUGAGCAGAUGGCCAUGGCAGGUUUUGUGCACUGUCCUAGUGAGAAUGAGCCUGAUGUGGCCUGCUGUUUCUACUGCCUCAAAGAGUUGGAAGGCUGGGAGCCAGAUGAUAUUCCCUGGUCUGAGCAUGCAAAACGUUCUCCAGACUGCGGGUUCCUACAGAUGAAGUCCUUUGACGAGCUCACAGCUGUCGAGUUUUUCCGACUCGAGCAUGGGAGGAUUCGCAAUUACAUAAGGAAAAUGGUACACAUGAAGAUUGCGCACUUCCGUGACGAAGUGGAAAACACCAGCAAAAAUUUGAGGGCUCUUUUUGACAUCUUAAGGCCACAGGGAGGCAGUGUUGUACAGGGUUCUUUGCUUGACUGGUGCUCUGUGAGGAGGUGGAAACUGAAUUCUUAA